UUGGAACUUAUUAUUGAACUUCUUGAAUAAUUUCAUAAAAUAAAAAUAAAAAUAUUUUCUUAUGGCAAGUAAAAAGUCUCCAAGUAAUCUAUCUAAUCGUAAAACAAAAGAAAUUACUUUAACUAAUCCAUCAUCAUCUACACCAAGAGAUACAACUAUACCAUUAUGGCCUGAAUGGAAUGAUCAAGAUGUGAAUAAUGAAAAAUGGGAUUCAUCACAGAAAACUAAAGAAAAGAGUAAAUUAUCAGCUGUAUGUUAUGGAAAUUCUUUUUUUUUCUUCUUCUUCUUGAAGUACUUUUAAUUGAUUUUAUUUAGCAAUCAUCAUCAUCAUCAUCUACAUAUUUUAUUGAUCCAGAAUCACAAGUUUUAUAUCCAUCAUCCAUGAUACCAUUUAGUAUGAAAAGACCAAAUGAAUUUAUUACAGAAAAGGCACCUGUUGUAUAUGAUCCAGAAUUUAUAAAUCAUGUUGAUCUACUCUAUUAUAAUGAACAUUUAUUUAAAAAUGAAUUAUUAAGAUGGAUUAUAUGUGACAUACAAAAUUUAUGGUUAUCAUGUAGAACACCAAUUCCUGAAUCUAUUCCUCCGACAGAGUCCAAUGAAUCAAAUAUGAUGAUGAAUUUAACUCAUUCAACCAACUAUAAUUAUGAAUGGAAACCAUGGGAACAUAUUUAUGCCAUGACAAAAAUUACUAAAGAUAAUAAUAAUAAUACACCACAAUAUAAUCCUUAUGGAAAAUACAUUGUCAAGCUGUAUUGGAUGGGUUGUUGGCGUAAAAUCAUUAUUGAUGAUUCAAUACCAUUUGAUGAAAAUAAUAAACCGUUACUUCCACAAAGUAAACAAUCUUAUGAAUUAUGGCCAAUGUUAUUAACGAAAGCUUUAUUGAAAAUAGCCUCUAUGGAUUGUAGAAAUACAUGUACCAAUACAGAAAUAGGGGAUUUCAGUACAAUACAAUGUUUAACUGGAUGGAUUAAACAUACCAUUGUAAUCAAGAAACAUUCCAUAGAUCAAUUAUGGUAUUACCUUAGUGAUUAUUUAUUAGAUUGGGAAAGAUUUGAUGAUGUCAUAAAACGAAAUGAGAAAUCUAUCAAAAUGGAACAAAAUGAAAUAAUAGAAAAACUAGAAUCUCAUGAUAUGCCAAUCAAUAAAUCAAUAAUCAAUAAAGAGAAAUCGAAAGAAAAAAAAGGAAUAGAAAAAAAUAAAGAAAUGAAUAAAGAGAAAAAAGAACAAAUUGGGCAUAAUACAACAGAAUUAAUGAAUCCUAAGAUUCCUGAAACUAUAAUAUUUGCAUCGUGUAAAAAUACAGUUUCAUCAUUGGCAUCACUUGUUCCUUCAGCAUCAAAGGAGGAGAUUACAAUGAAACUUAAACAAUUUGGAUUCACUUAUACAGAUUCAUAUCCAAUUCGUAUAGCUAAACGUCGUACUAUACCACUUAUUCCUCCAUCACCUAUACAACCUACACCUCAAUGGAAAUUGAUCAGACCAAGACCACCUGAUUUUCCAUUUGAUUCAUCUAACAAUAAUGAUUUACAAAGUAAUAAAGAGAAAGAACCUAUACGUUCAUUACUUCUAUGGACACCUGUACAAGGGCAUAUAUUUUAUGAACCAGAGAAAGUUAUAACAAGUCCGCCUACUUCUACUGCUGAAUCAGUUUAUAUGUCAAGUUCUUCACCUGAUACAGGAAAACAAAUUAGUGGGACACUUAAAACUAGAUCAAAUUCUCAAGCAUCACCAACACGUCGUCGACGUGAAUCCAUUUCAAAUAAUCCAAGUCCAUCUAGAUCUCAAAAAAGGGGUUCACGUGAAGACAUACUAAAGAAAGGGAUGACAAGUAAAUCAAAAGAAGCUAAAGGACAGAAUAAAACUCCAGAAACAAGUGGAAGUAGUCAACAAAAUUCUAGUUCACGUACAAACAAUUCAUUACACAUGAAAUCAUGCAGUGAAGAUAUUGUACCUGAAGUAUCAAUAACAACUAGUUCUGUAACGAAUCCUAAAGAAAUAUGGCUUGAUAUAAAAGAUUUUUGUGAAAUAUUCAAGACAGUGACCAUUUAUCAUAAGCCAAAUACAUAUUCAAUUGUGAAAACAUAUUCCAAUUUAAAACCAUCUGAUCAAUCAAAAGUACAUUAUUUAUUUUGUGAUAGUAUUCAACCAUGUGAAAUUAUUCUUCAAUUAUCAGUUAUUUAUCAAUGGCCAUUACCUAAUGCGAAACGUUUAACUCCAUCUACUUAUUCACGUGGUAUUACUUGUAUGCCUGAAACAGAUGAAUCAUCAACAAUACCAGUAAAUGAACAUAGUAGUACACAUUUCUUACCGAUAACUACGACAUCAGAUUCAUUUAUUAAAGAUGAUAAUUCAAAUUCACAAUAUAAUUCACCUGAUGAUUUACAAUCUACAACUUAUGGUAUUAAUCCAUCAAUACAAACAUUACCAUCUACAUCAUCUAUAUCUAAUCAUCCAUCUACACUUUUAAUUGAAUCUUAUCAUUGGAAUAAAUCAAUACAAGGUGAUCCAAUGAAAUAUCUUGAAACAACUGGUACUAGUUCUAUAUCAUUAUUAUUAUCAUUUAGUCGAUAUUGUUAUAAAUUAAUCAUUUAUGCACCAUUAGGUUAUGUUAUCACUAUUCUUGGACGUCAACGUUCAUCAAUUCAUAUCAAUAAUCAAUUCAUUAAAUCAUCUAAUUCAUCUAAUAAAGAUAUUCAUCAAUCAAUCAAUAUAUUAUUUGAUGAUUAUGAUUAUAUCUUAUUAAAUGGGAUUACAAUCUGUCCAUUAUUAAUUAAAUAUUAUGCAAAUCAAUUGAUUCAUUGUAUGUAUAAUAUUGGACAAGCUUUAGAAGUAUUAGUACAUUUAACGGAGAUCUAUGUAUCAUACAUGACUACCAACACCAACAUCACCACCAACACCACGACCACCACAACUACUCAUAGUAACAAUAAUAAUAGUAGUAUUGUAAUAAAUAAUACAGAAUUGAAUGAAUUAGAAUUUAAAGAAAAAUUUACAAAUGCUAUAAACAAUUUAAUUACUAAAGAAAAUGAACUUAAACAAUUAUUAUCUAUAUGGCCUAAUCAAAAAAUAAUUAAACCAACUUUAUUGUCAAUACUACAACGUUUCACUGAAAAUUCUGGAACAUCCGAUAUGAAUUAUGCUUGGCGUAUAUUACAAACAGAUUUUAUUACAAUCAAUCCAUUUCGAGUAGUUUAUAGUCAUGAAACGGUUUCAAAUCCUGCUCCUUCAGUUAUAACAAAACAAAAAUCAAAAGUGCUUAGUUCACGUGGAGAGAAAACUAAUCAGUCAGUUAAAAUUAAUCCAAUUGAAGAAACAGUUAUUAAUCGUUGGAAUCAACCAAUCAUUAAUCCUGAUCUAUUAAUUGCUAUAGUACGUAUACAAUCAUUCUAUCGUGGUUGUCGUAUUCGAAAUACAAUACGUUUAAGUCAAACCAAAUAUCUAAUAGAAACUUUAUUAUCUAUCAUCAAUUCACGGAAUAAAUCAAAUAUAGAUAAUAAUCAUUUAAUGCAUAAGCGAUCAUUAUUAAGAAUUAAACGUUUAUCAAUUGGUUGGAUGUCUUGUUUAAAUGUAUUACAACAAGGUCAUUUACAAUGUGAGGCGGGAAAUCAAUUAAUUGAAAACUUAAUUCUUACUAAUUCCAAAACUACUACUGAUAAUAUUAAUAAUAAUAGUAGUAGUAUACAAAAUAAAUUAUAUAAAGAUAUGAAUUCUUAUUUAAGUAUUAAAGAAUAUUCUGGUAACUAUGGUGAUAUACCAUCACCAUGUCCAAUGCAUCAUACAGGAUCAGAAUUACAUCAUAUGAAUCAAUUACAUAAUUCAUUACAUAAAGAUUGGAUUCAUUUAUUAUUUCGUGAUUGUAUUUAUUCAUCAAAAUGUUUAAAAAAUGAAAGCAUAGUAAUCAAUGAAGAAGAAGAAAUUCAAUAUUCAUUUCGUUUAAAAACUACUAUACCGGAUAGUUAUAUCCUAUUGAUCAAUAAUGAUAAUGGUGAAAUCAUUCAUCCAUCUAUUGAAUAUCCUUAUAGUUGGUUAAAUCUUAAAGAAAAUAAACAUGGAUAUAGUUUAUUAGGAUUAGUAACUAAUCAUAUAACACCUAUACCAAAUGGUAAAUGGAAUUUACAAUUAUUAGGACCAGGUAUCAUUGGUAAUGAAAAUCUACCUAAACCAUUAAAUACAACAUUAAAUUUAUGGUCAAAUUUUCAUAUUAUUGAAUUAGAAGAUUAUUAUGAACCAAAUCCGAAAAAUCUAUUAUUUCGACGUAGAAUUAUAGCUUCUAAUGAUAGUUUGAUAACGGUUCAUUUACGAUUAUCUGUACCAAAUGUUUAUACACGUUUAUGCAUUAAAAUGGGCAAUAAAGAAAUGAUCUCUGCUGAAGGUUUUGGUGCAGCAUGUAUUUUUGCUUAUAUUAUAUUAGCUGAUACAAUAAUAGAUGACAGAAAUAGUCAAACAUCUAAUUCAGGACGUCUAUUAGAAGUGAAUAAAGGUGACAAUGUGAAGUUAAGUAUAAAAGAUGUGACCAAUUCAAAAGUUAUAUUGAAUAAAUUGAAUACUACUAAAGUAUCUCCAAGAAGAUCUGCAUCAGUGAAGAAAAAUAUGAAACCAGGAAGUAGUUCUGGCAGUUCAACUGGUGGUAGUACAACAGGAAGUGGUCGAGGUUCUAGUAGUACUAAUAGUGCUAAUAUAGAGCGAUCAAAUCAAUAUGAACAAUUCAAUUCCAGUUCACCACAUUCACAUAGAUCAGAUAGUCAGCAAAUAGAAGGAGAAAAAGAAGAAGAACGAUAUUAUUGGAUUGAAGCUUAUGUAGAUGGUAAAAAUUGGCCAUUGAGUAUAAGUAAUUGGGCAUUUUUAGAAGAACAGCGUUGUAAUAAACUUGAAGAGUGUCAAGUAAAUAAUACAACUUCUCGAAAUACUUCAGCUGAUAAAAGUUCUGACAGUAGAACUAUUAAAUCAGCAACAAAAUCACCUGGAAACAAAACAAUUGGUAUCACUGGUCAAAAAUCUGGUUCUACACGUGGUACUUCAGCAAAAAUUGAUUUUAAUCAAGCUCAUUGGAAAAUGAGAAUAAUAUGUAAUAAUUCUAAUGACAUUAAAAUCAUUAAUAUGGAUAAUAAAAUAUUAGAAAUUAAAGCUUUAAAAAGAGCUUGGGAAGAAAUGGAACCUGGUAGAGCAAUAAGAGCUGAAUUAUCAAGAGCACGUUAUCUUGAAGAAUAUGGUCUAAUGAAUAAAUUGGAUAAUAAAACUAUUGUAGAUGAUACAGGAUCGACGAUCACAAUUAAAUCUGAUGAUAAUCUAAUACAAAUGAUAAAAGAUCAUUCUUCAUUAGAUCACACUUUAUUAUUAGAUCCAUCUAAAAUUUAUAUUUUAAAAUUCCCACCAGAAUUAAAUCGUACACUUUAUCCAAUUCAAUUAAUGAAUUUAAACAAAUUUUAUCAUCAUUUCAAUGAGAUUGAAUGUAAACGUAUUGAACAAGUUCAAUCUAUUAUGAAUUCUUAUUCAAUGAAUCCAUGGUUUAUUCUAGAAUAUUCUUUAAAACAAAUUCAAUGUUUAUCUUAUAAAAAUUUAAAUGACAUUUUAAAAUUCAAAUAUCAAUUAUUUAAUGAUUAUUUAAAAAAUUUAAAAUUUAAAUAUUUAAAUUUAAAAAAAAAACAAAAUCAAUAUAAACAAAAUUAUAUUGAUUUAUUGAAAACAAUUCAAUUCGCCACUGAUGAAGCACAUUAUAAAUACUACGAAAUGUGUAUGAAUUAUAGAAAUAAUAUAAUAAAACAAUAUAAAAAUGAUAAAGAAACAUCAUGCAAUCAAACAAUGAUUGAACAUGAUAAUACAGAACCAAUUCUAAAUCGAAUUGAAAAUGUAAAAAAAAGCAAAAGAAUUAAAUCAUCAAGAAGUUCAAAAUCUAGUUCAAAAAGUCGAUCGAAUUCGAAUCAACGAAGAAAUUGAGAGAAAAAAAAUUAAUUCUUUGUUUUACUCUCUUGUUUUUUCUACUUCUCCCCACCUCCCGUCGUCGUCGUCGUUAAUAAAUUGUUAUAUCACUGAUUGAAAUCAUGAGUCAAUUGGAGCUAGAUCAGCAUGGAAAACCUGGACGACCGUUACGUCCUUGUAUGAGACACCUCAGUAGCAGUGCGCAUCCACGAUCCCUCACCCCGUGAGGUUCGAACCCAUGACCUAUCAGUCUCAUGCCAGGCGCUUAGUCAACUAAACCAUGAUGGUCUAGUGUCAAUUGACUCAU